AUGCAAUUUGAACAAUUACCAAAUGAAAUACUCAUUGAAUGCUUUCAAUAUCUCAAUGCACCCGAUAUCUUUUAUUCAUUUGAUCGGUUAAAUUAUCGAUUUUAUAUACUUAUUCGAAAUAUUCAUUUACAUCUCAAUUUUGAACAAGUUAAAAAGUCUUCGUUCAAUGAGUUUUGUGGAACAAUACGAAUAAAUCCGGAAAUAAAACGAAACAUCAUUUAUUUAAAAUUAUCAAAUAUAGGUACAUGUGAACAGAUUGAAUCAUUUUUGUCAUUAUUUGCAUUAAAUGAAUUUAUCCGCCUUCGAUCAUUAUCAUUUAUUGGCACGCUUAAUUAUCAUACUGAAUACGAACAAGUCGCAUCUAUGUUAACCUUAUUACCUAAUUUAUACCGAUUUUAUGCUCCUAGCUGGAGGAUAGAAGCAAAAGCUAUAUCUAAAACGAAAAUACAAGUGUUAAUAUUAGACGGCUAUCAUCCAACAUCUAUUUAUGGAACAUCAUCAGUUACAUCAUUAAGAAUUCGUUUGUGUACUGUAUCUGAAUUACUAACAAUAUUGAAUUAUGCAUCGAUGUUAAAAUAUAUAAGAAUCGACACGAUUAAUGAUUAUGAUAUGGAAGAUGAUAACAAUGUGGACUAUAAAUCUGAUUUUAGUAAGAUAUGUGCUGUUUAUUUAAAACAGUUACAUAUAGAUUAUUCUGUAACUUCUUUUCGAUUUAUCGAACUGUUGCUAAAAUGUACUCCAAACUUGAAAAUUCUUUCAAUCGUUGCGGAUUAUGGUAAUGAUAUGGUUGAUGCUGAUCGAUGGGAACAUCUCAUCAAAUCUUCAUUACCACUAUUACGUGUAUUCAACUUCAAGUUUGAUUGUCCCUAUGUUGAUUCGUAUGAUAAUAUGUUAACCAAAUUUUCACCAUUUCAAACUGAUUUUUGGUAUCAAUAUAAUUGGUAUAUCAAUUAUGUAAUCUAUGGCGAAAGAGCAUCAGUUUAUACUAUACCAUACAUAUCCCAUUUCUAUACAUUAAAACCUACUAUGAAAAAAUACAAUAGUUCACCGACAAAUGUUUUAAAUGAAUUUGACAAUGUUAAAUAUCUAUCUUUAUUUCCAAGUGCAAUUAGAGAUGAUUCAUCAUGGUAUUUUCGAAAUGUUCAAUCAUUAAGUUUAGCAAGUACUCCUUGUAAUCAUGAUGAAGACGAUAAGUACGAAUUCAAAAUAGAACAUUUGAAGAAGAUGGUCAACUUAUCAAAUAUCACAAAAUUGGAAAUUACAAAAAGAUGUGCAAUUAAAUUAGAAUUACUCUUUGAAAUAUUAGAGCAAAUGCCAAAUAUAUCAUCAUUAAUCUUAAAGAAGCAAAUUACAAGUUCAUUUUACACCAAUCACGAACUCUGUGAACUUUUGAACAAAAAGAUUAAAAUGUUGGAUUACAGUUUUCCAACGUUCUAUAAUUAUCUUAAAAUUCCAGAUAUAGAUUGGUUUUGUAAAACAUUUUCAAAUGUCGAAGAGUUUCAUUGUGAUAUCGAUAAUGUUGAUGAUGUUUUAUUAAUAUUAGCAAAAUGUUCCAAAUUAUCAUUAAUAAAAAUCAAAUGCGUUGAUGAAUCAAUCUAUACAUGGUUUAAAGACAAUGCAAGAACAUUUAAUGUUUACAUUAAUUAUAAACUAAAACCUCAUCUAUCAGCAUGUGAUUCAGAUUAA